AAAGACUUUAUUACCUUUACAUAUGAGACAUUGUUGCUACAGUAGUCUACUUAAAAAGUAAAUUUGGCCUGGCAAGAAGUAACUGCAGAUUUUAACUUUCUCCACUGAGAAGAUACCGAUACACCACUCUUGAAAGGAUACAAACAAAAUAAUGAAAUCAAACCUUAACCACUCCUUCAAAAUGAAAUGUGAUUUUGAUUGUACAACUCUUCACGCUGAGUUUACACCAUUAAAGACUGCUACAGAGAAGAAAAGACUGGAGGAAUCCUGCCCCUUGAAUUAUGAGGAAGGCAUUUGUAAAAGCUGUGCUGAAGAGCAUCAGAAAAUACUCUUUAGUGACUCAUACCACAGAACCACCAGGAAUCCAGAUCUUAAAGAUGAAGGAAGACCUGUACAUAAUAAAGAAAAUGAGCAAGUAACCCAGAGACUUGAUGAAGAUAUCUAUGAAAUGGAGGUACUAGAAAACAGUAAAUUUAAUGAGGACAGUGGUUAUUCCUCUAUGAUAAGUAGUCAAUACUCUGAUGCAAUAGAACAUGAGGAUAGUAUGCCUUUGGCUGGGAAUCUCUGUGAUACACCAAAGCAUUGUUUAACAAAGAACCAAAACCAAGCACAAUUUUCAAAGAAGACUUUGUUGCCAGUAAGACAUUAUGAAGAAAUGAUUUGCUCAACUUUGAAAAAAAAUGGUAAAAGAGAUCUCAGGUCUUGGGCUGCAGUAGACAGAAUUGUUCUUAGGGGAAAUAUUGAACUUUGUAACCUAAUUGGAAAGAAAAUGGGAUUGGAUAGAAUUGACAUUCUUGCCGAACUCUUCCAAAAGAACCUGAAGCAUAUAUUAUCAAGCAUCUUAAGACAUCUUGGUGAGAUGGAUUUAAUUAAUUUUGCCAAAGUCAGCAAAACGUGGCUGAAGAUUCUACGAGAAGAUAAAUGGAUUUUACAAAUGUAUAGUAAAGCUAUGAAAAAUAUUUCUAAUGGCACUAAGGCAUCAGAAUAUGCUGCAACAAGGGAGUAUGUUCUCUGCCGAAAGGCUUUAACUUCCGUUCAGAAAGCAACCUCACCAAACAACUUGAAUAAAAAAGUCACCAGAUCUAAAGCCUCUAAGAAACACACCAGGCUGGUAGAGUUCUCUGAGGCUGCCAAGUCCCUGAAAAACACUGAAAGCUUUAAAGCGUGCCAUCGGUGUGGCUCACCUGCAAAAUAUGACUCCUAUCUACAAAGAGCAAUAUGCAGUCGUGAAAGUUGUGGCUUUGACUUUUGCACAAAAUGCAUGUGCUGCUACCACAGCUCCAGUGACUGUAUGAGUGGCAAAGCAGUGAAAUCCAUCUCAAAGCUAGGGCCGCUUCCUGGGACUAGGAAAAGCAAACAGAAUCUACGGCGAUUAUGAGCCAUCCAUCCCGAUACAGAUUGUCAGGUGUUCCGUAAAAGCUUUUUUUGAGUUAUGAAGUUUUCCACAAAGAAAAUCGAACAAGAAAAUACUUACUGCUCUUCUGCAUUUAAACAAAGUUAAUUUUAUUAUUCCUCUAUACCAUCUGGUCAUGUCAAAAUUUGAAUCAUCACGAUUCUCAAUUUUGAAAAGUCUUAUUAAUUACAAAUUUAAAAGAAAAUUCUGGAUAUGGAUUCUAGUGACAUAUUAAAUACUAUCUUAACGAUGUCUAUUGUGUCCAGUCUUCAAAACACCUCACAAUAAUAUUGACUAAAACAAAAGUUUUGGCAAGUAGCCAAGCCUAGCAAUUCUUGAAUGCUACAAGAGGGAAAUACAAACUGUAUUUUAUUUAAAUGUUUACUCUUGUUCAAAAGUCUUUUUUAAAAGCAUUUAUAGUGAGAAUGUUAAGUGAGGCGAAGUCCUUUUUAACAUAAAAUCAUGAGGGAGUCUAGAUUUUAAGGGUUUUCUUCAAGGCUUUGCCUUAAUUUUAAAAUGUGAAAGGUCAUAAUGCCAUUUUUCUGAUGGUUUGCCUUAUGUGAAUAUUUAAUUGUUGUUCUUCCCUCAUUUCUUCAUUGAGAAACUGCCAGUUUUCCUUGAACUGAUGUGAUACCCUUUCACACUUAAAAAGAAAAAAAUACUUGUAUCUUGGCCAUACUGCUAAAAAAUUUCUUCGUUGGCCAUUUCUUUCCAAAUGAUAAGAUAAAGUUUUAAUGUUUGUAUAUACUUGUAAAUACUACUUUAAAUAUUAUUCAUGUUUGUCUUGUAAAUGUGA